GAGACUGAGGGAGCCGGAGGGAACAGGGAGUCCCGAAGUGGGUUCUAGGGUCCUGUGGAGGAAACGGUUUGUUCCCGUUUGCUCCCCUUCGCCUCCGGAACCUCCCGGGGGUCUCUGUUCCGGGAGGGCGGGGAUGGGGAGCACCGAGAGCACUCCCCGCAAGGUGUCCUUCGGGGUGGACGAGGAGGAGCGGGUGCGGGUGCUGCAGGGGAUCCGGCUCUCUGAAGAUGUAGUUAAUCGUAUGAAGGACCCGUCUGCAUCUUCAAAGGUGCAACAGCCAUCUCCUGCAUCGCCACCUCCUGCUUCGACAUCUACUUCACCACCUGCUGCUUCGUCACUUCAUACUUCACCACCUCCUCCUUCAUUUUCUCAUUCUUCAUCUUUUAUAUUUGGCUCUCCAGAAGGCAAGUCAAAGCAUCCUAGGACAGACCCUAAACCCCCCAAAACUGAGAGCCAGAGCAGCUGGCAGCCCUCUGAAGCAGAAGAGGAUCUGUACAGGAGAUAUGAACAGGAACAGGCCAUGAUCCGAGAAGAGCUACUUCAUCUGGUGAAGAGAGAAAAGGAGGUGGCCAGGGAGCACCUGAAGUCAUCCCUUCCAUGGGAGAAGAAGGGCAUGAAUCAGGAGAAGCAGAGAUCAGCCCAGCUGGCCAAAGAACUGGAAGGUGUAGAAGCAGAGCUAAGACGCCGUGACAUUUUCUAUAAAGAGCAAUUGGGUCGAAUUGAAAGAAAGAAUGCUGAAAUGUAUAAACUGUCAUCACAACAGUUCCAUGAGGCAGCUACUCGGCUGGAGGACACAAUAAAGGCUGAGGAGCCACAAUCAUUCCUGGCAUGGAGAGACCCCAGCAGCAGCAGGCGCGUUCCAGUGAAGUUAUCACUUGCAGGACCACAGAUCCCUGGUUCAUCACCAACAUUUCCAGCCAUUCACCAACAUGUGACCAAGAAACACCACUGUGCUUUGGGUUUAUCGUAGUUAAAGUGACAUGUUAAAAAAAAAAAAAAUGUAUGUCCACAACUGCCCUGAGGAAAUAAAGCCGAUGUCUUUGUUUUCAAUCAG